CGUUGGCGGGAACGGACGCGCGCCAAUUUCCACUGAAUCCUCCCGAUACGUCGAAAAGUUUCGCUACGAACCUCUUUUCUUCAAACCAAAGCCGAUCCAUAUUUCAAUUUAAAAGUAAAUCAUUCGCUGUUCAAAUUUAAAAGUCGUGACGUUUUGUUUUGUUUUUAUUCAGAACAGUGAGUUUGAAACUUUUUUAAUUUUACAACAAAGUGGCCAGUGUUUUUUCUUAAAUGAUUGUUAAUGUGGUGAUCAGUCAAAAUAGGUGGACUAGAAGAAACCAUUCAAAAUGAGCUCUGGGCAAACAGUCAACCAUCGUGUAGCGGUGUCAACGUAAACUGGACGUUAUGUUUCUUACACAUAAGGCGGAUACUGACUGCCCUGAUGCCUUUUUAUUAUGAUAUGACCCCGGACGCCAGUAUGAACCUGACCUUCAAUGCGUCCGCAAAAUGGAUAAUCGAAGCUUCCCGAGGCAUACAGGACCCAAACGUGCUCCUUGAAAAGUUCUCCCAAAACCGAAAGGUUGAUGACCCGACCAGAUCCCUCCUGUUGGCGUUCUAUGGCAUCCUGGUAGUUAUUGGUGCUGUUGGCAAUGCGCUGGUUGUUAUUUCCGUAGUCAGAAAACCGGUAAUGCGAACAGCCCGCAACAUGUUCAUAGUCAACCUUGCCGUCUCCGAUGCCCUGGUCUGCUGCGUCGGUACUCCUUUGACCCUCAUGGAACUGCUGACCAAGCACUGGCCGCUGCCCGACUGGCCUAGCCUUUGCAAGGCCUGUGGGGCCAUCCAGGCCAUCUCCAUAUUCGUCUCCACGAUCUCCAUCACAGCUAUUGCCCUGGACAGAUACCAGCUCAUCGUGUACCCAACGCGGCCUGGUCUCCAGACCAUGGGGGCCCUUAUCACGAUGUUCUUCAUCUGGGCCACCGCCUUCACCCUCGCCUCCCCUCUGUACAUAUUCCGAAACCUCAAGACUCACAAGCUGGGCUUAAUCGGGAUGGACUCGUUAAGCUUCUGCAUAGAAGACUGGCCCAUCAAGAAUGGCAGGGCAAUCUACUCAUUAUUAAGUUUGAUCUUCCAAUACCUUUUACCCGUUCUAGUUGUAGUGUUAGCACAUGUACAGAUUCACAGGAGAUUAAGAGGAAGAAGAAGGACCACGAGGAAGACACCAGCAAUCCUAAUAGCUAUAGCAGCUACGUAUGUGAUCAGCUGGCUGCCGCUAAACGUCUUCAAUUUAGUAGCAGACUUCAGUUCAGAACCAUUUCUAGACGAGAAAGCCAUGACAAUAACUUACGCUAUCUGCCACAUGUUUGGCAUGUCCAGUGCUGUCUCGAAUCCGCUGCUAUACGGAUGGCUGAACGACAACUUCAGAAAGGAGUUUGAAGAGAUUCUUUGCUGCUGUCAAAAAAAAGGCCAGUUGAAAAAGAACAUAGGGAGAGCAAAGAAUAGGAAGAUGGAUACAGAACUGACGGCGCUAGCACAACUGGAACACACGGUGACAGCAAACACGAAGACGUCCCAGUGCUCUCAGAUUUUCUGACUAAAGACAUGUUUCAAAUAGCAUGAGACCAGCAGUGUCGAGAUGCACAAUAUUUGAAACUCUCAGUGUCAAUUCCAGUGACUCUUUUAGUUAAGACGCCGUGCUGUGUAUAAAGUUCCUUUGUUAUGUUUUCUAUGUUGACGAUAUCAUUGUAAAUGUAAAUUCUACGAACUGUUUUGAAUAAGGAUAGUUGUAGUUUGUACUUUGCGUUUUUCUGAGCCCAAAACGCGAAGUACUGCUGUAAUAUAUUGUAAGAUAGAUGUAGGUUUUUUAAUUAAACGAAAUAUGGAA